CCUAAAACGCAUUCUAUCAUCGAUUUCCCUCAUUUAGCCUUUGACCUACACCGAUUAUCGAGUCGACUCGUCAAGAACCCUUCUCUCAGAUCCUUUUCUAUCUGUUUUCUUGUUUGGAUCGAUUUUCUCAAGGAGGAAGAAAAUGGCGGUUUCUGCGCGUGAGGAGUUCGUGUACAUGGCCAAGCUCGCGGAGCAGGCUGAGAGAUACGAGGAGAUGGUAGAGUUCAUGGAGAAAGUCUCCGCCGCCGUCGAUGGCGAUGAGCUCACCGUCGAGGAACGAAAUCUCCUCUCCGUCGCUUACAAGAACGUGAUUGGUGCUCGCCGUGCCUCGUGGCGUAUCAUCUCAUCGAUCGAGCAGAAGGAGGAGAGCCGCGGCAACGACGACCACGUCAAGGCGAUCCGCGAUUACAGGUCUAAGAUCGAGACGGAGCUUUCCGGAAUCUGCGACGGAAUCCUCAAGCUGCUCGAUUCCACGCUCAUCCCUGCUGCUGCUUCCGGUGACUCAAAGGUCUUCUACCUGAAGAUGAAGGGUGAUUACCACAGGUACUUGGCUGAGUUCAAGACUGGUCAAGAGAGGAAAGACGCCGCCGAGCACACUCUUUCCGCCUACAAGGCUGCUCAGGAUAUUGCAAAUGCAGAGCUCGCUCCAACUCACCCGAUCCGUCUGGGUCUGGCGUUGAACUUCUCUGUGUUCUAUUACGAGAUCCUCAACUCUCCUGAUCGUGCCUGCACUCUCGCCAAACAGGCCUUUGACGAUGCGAUUGCAGAGUUGGACACUCUAGGUGAAGAGUCCUACAAAGACAGCACCUUGAUUAUGCAGCUUCUCCGUGACAAUCUCACUCUCUGGACUUCCGACAUGCAGGAUGAUGCUCCGGAGGAGAUCAAGGAAGCAUCAGCUCCAAAGCCGAGUGAGGAACAGCAGUAACAGUCUUUUGAGUGAACUGCUAGUUUUCUAGGCUUUCCAACUUCUCUUCUCUUCGUCUAUAUGUCACCUUUUCUUAAGUCUCAGAUUGUCUGUCGCUUGCCAAUUCGCUAACCUUUGGAGCUUUUAAAUUCAUUCAUCAUAUUUUCUGGCAAGUCGAACCAUCAGUCACAUUUCAUCUCUUUGCUUGAUUUUCUUUCUCUUCUUUUUUUGUUUUUUUGUUUUUUUGUUAUCGAUUUCGAUGUCUGCAAUCGUACCUUGCUUUGUGUUUUCUCAUCAAUUUGAAGAUCAUAAAGGCUAUGUCUCUUAUCUUA